AUGAUGACUAUUUUAAUCCUUUUCCGAGGAAACUGUGGUCUUUCCAAAUGCAUCUCGGCUUACAUGGUGGCCAUGGCAAUGUCGGAUCUAUUGGUUAUUAUCAAUAGUAUUAUAGUGUAUCGUAUUUUGAGUUAUCACUUCCCAUUUUCCUUCUUGUCCCACACACCUGUGUGCAAGCUCAUUGCAUACAUGAUUGCGAACAGUGUAGAUUUUAUUGUUUGGUUCACCGUUUCCUUCACAUUUGACAGAUUUGUGGUGAUCUGCUGUCAGAAGUUUAAGACAAAUCAUUGCACUGAAAAAACUGCAAUUAGAAUAUUAAUAAUCAUCUCAGUUUUGAUCAUGUUAAAGAACAUCCCGGUUUUGUUUGCAUAUGAACCAGUGCAAAUCAUUAAUCAAAUUGAAUGGGGCUGCCGGUCAAGUGAAACGUUCUUUGCUUCAUCUCCCGGAAUGGCGUUUGUCUGGUUCUACAGCACCUGGGUUGCUUGGCUUCCAUUUCUCCUAAUUUUCUUGUUUAAUUCUUUAACCAUCCACCGUGUUGUCGUUGCGAAUAGGACUCGCGUUGGACUCCAGGGUCACAGAACUGAGAACCGAAACCAAUCAGGGAUGGAAAACCGGAGCAAGUCCAUUAUUUUAUUGUUCUCGGUAUCAGGUAGUUUAAUAUUGCUUUGGUUGACGCAGUCGGUGUGUUUGGUCAUGACCAGAUUGCCACACCCUAACUACUACCGGGGUGACUUUGGCAACCCUGAAUACAUCGCAACUGAAACAGGAAAUAUGUUGAAGUUGUUGAGUUGUUUCCUGAACCCAUGCAUUUAUGCAGCAACCCAGAACAAAUUCAGAGAAGAGCUAAAGCACGUGGGGAAAUCUCUAUGGAAGGAAAGAAAUCACAUUAUUUGA